CCGAUCUAUCGUGCCGCCUCAUAAUCUCACCAAUCAUCCUCUGCCACAUGUCCGAGCUUUGAUUCGUGUCUUACACGCGCUGGAAAAAUUCAAACUUCUAAUGUCUUUGACGACAUCCCACAAGAACACGAAUCAAAGCGAGAUUCUAAUUUCUCGCCUUGUGUUGUUCGAGGAAGCGAUCCGGUGAUAUCUGCUCUACGAUGCUCUACGAUGGAUGAGGAUGAGACGAACCCAUCUCCGAUUGAUAGUGAUGUUAUCAGCCAUCCGGUGGCUGAUGUGGGCUCGGGCAGGAAAAGGAAACUACUAGCCGAAGUAUUGGAACUUCCCCUGCGAAAACAAGUUUGCCACAAGCAAACUUCUCUUGCUGAUCCAUGUUCUCCAUUAGGCAGGUUUCUCGGCAAAUUACCAGAGACAGAAUCAGGUAUUACGGCAAUUAGCCACAGCUUUUCUGGGGAUGACGAGUUUGCAGAAUGCUCUUAUGCCACAUAUGACUAUAAGACUGCUAAAGCUUCAUCUGAUGAAAGUACUCCUUCUGCGUCUAAUACCGGGGGUUUUCACAUGUCGAUGGAUCCCUCUCAUUCAAAUGGAAGUUCAAGCUUAACCAAGAGUGAGAUGAUCAAAUGUUAUGACUUUGCUUCAUCAAGCAGUGACUGUAUGUCAUCCAAAGAUUAUGACAAAACACAAACGGGUGAAGACCUAAAUCAGCUCGAGUUCCUGAGUUCUGAGUUUGUGGCCGUUGGUCAGGAGCAACAGCUCCAUGAAGAAGAAAUUGAAGAGCCUCUCUGCUGUGGAGACCCGGAUGCCGGAUCUUUCCUCCUUUCAUCUGCAAGAUGGAGUGUCAGCACCCGAGAUGCUGGAGAGGGUACGAGGAAACCGACCAUCGAUCAAGAUUUCGAGCAAUUUUUUUCUUCAUUUCUGGUGUAACAGCUAUCAUCGCGAUGUUUUGUAAAUACGUCAUCCGGUCCAGAAUCGAUGCUGGAAAUCCAAGAACAAGGCAAAUCAGUUGCCGGUUAUGCAACUCCUGUCUCUGGUUAUAAGACAUUUGGAUCCUGUAAAGCUCGCACCUGUCCUCCUGUUUGU